CUCCAAGACGGGCGCUACCUCAACACAAGACACCCCAUCCUGAUUGGCUGCAUGCAUGUCACCACAUUCCGGGCGCUUACAGCCCCGUGCCAGCACACUUCGAUUUCUCUGCGGCCUAUAACCCAGGCCAGUCGCCCCCAUCUUCCUCUUUCCUCCAUGUGUGCGCAAUCGUUCAUCAUUCUCGUCGAUAUCAACCAUCGAGCUGCCGUCCAUUCCCACAGCGGCAUCUGAUGAGUCUUCAUCAGCGAGCGAGGGGCAUACUAAGGUCGCAAAAUAAUCACGACACGGCGUCCGUAGGCCCGACAGCCCAUCGCCGGUCGCUAUCCUGAUUCUCUUUCACGCUCGCUCGCCAUAAUGUUCAUCUCUAUGAAAUGGAGGUGCUUUUGGGUUAUGACUGGGCUCAUGGUGGCUGAGUUGGCGGGGACCAUCGCUACGUUGACACUAUUCGGUAUUGCGAGCCCAGACGCCUAUCGUACUCAGCUAUGGAAGCUCGGCGGCGAGCUGGGCUUCAAUUCGAGUCCGGACCAGAUCUUGUACGCAUACGCAAACUAUCGGCCGAUACCAACGACACCGCUAGUUUGGUCUAAUUUCAUCACCAACUACAACAUUGUCGUAUCUGUUUUGUCAAUGUUCAUUCUGCUUAUCAAGGCCGUCCUAUUUAUCAUGCACAUGUGGAUCCCGAUUGUCAGCAUAAUAAUCGACAUAAUUGCCAUUGCUCUCUGGAGUUUCAGCGCGUAUGGCCAGGCUGGUCCUGACCAUUCCGACCCAGAGCACCCGAGCUCAGUUGCGUGGUAUAUCGCCAAAAGCUGCAGCGUCGCUGAGGCGUCCGGAAACAAGCACAACUGCGAGAUGGCAAAGGGAGCAUUUGCAUCCACCAUCCUCAUAAUCGCUCUUUUCACAUUUAACCUCGGGCUGGGCAUUUGGUCCAUGUUCCCAACAGAGGAGAUGAGGGAGACGAGGAAGGCUAAGAAGGAGGAGGAGCAAUUAUCGCCGUAUUACGAGGAUGCGGGAGAGAAGCUGUGGGAGUUAAGGAACAUCCAACCUACACCGGCCUUUUCGCCUUAUACCCCACGGACGUUGGCGUUCAACACAUUAGACCGUCAAUUACCUCUUCGGGAGAAGGAACAGAACCCGUAGAUAAACCCCAGGAUGACGAUGGGCUCAAUGGGCCAUUGCCGGGCCCUGAGUAACUAUUACCUUUUGUGGCCAUUUACGUUUUGUAGUGGCGGAAAGCGAGAAGAGAGAUCAAGGAAGGGACUUUACUCUAUUCAAAACUCUUAUGAAUAUACAAAGUGAUAAUAGGCUCC